AUGGCCCAGCUCUUAUUGGCAUUAUCCCCGCAAAUUCGCGGUCGAACUCAUCGAUUCUUCCUCGAGAACGGGUUAUGGUACAACCAAGUACAUGACAGGCACGACUCUGGGGUUGUCGUACCGGACAACAAAGGCAUGAAGAACAAAUAA